GGAGGAGCAAGCGGCGUGUUUCCGGUAAGAACAGGCCAGGGAACAACAGUAACAUUAAAUUUAUAUGCUGACAUAGAGGGCUGUUGUAAAAUAUUUAUUCGGGCACACAGUUUAAAAUUAAUCACGCUUAAUUUAGCUUCCAAUAGGGAGUUGGAAGACGGGGCAGCAUAACCACGGCAAUGGAAACCGAGUUUCGGGAAAUCGAUGAACUCGGGAGUUGGAACGCCAUUUACCAGGACGUCCGUCAGCAGUCCAGUGAGCUGCCGUGCAAAUAUGCCAAACUACCCGAAAACAAAACGAGGAACCGCUACAGAGACGUGAGCCCAUUCGACCACAGCAGAAUUCGGCUGCAGCUAGGAACAAACGACUACAUCAACGCCAGCCUGAUCUCAGUGGAAGAGGCACAGAGAAGUUACAUCCUCACUCAGGGCCCACUGCCAAACACUUGCGGUCACUUCUGGGAGAUGGUGUGGGAGCAGAGGACCCGCGGGGUGGUCAUGCUGAACCGUGUCAUCGAGAAGGGUUCUGUGAAGUGUGCUCAGUACUGGCCCCCUCGUGAGGAACGGGAGGCCGUCUUCAAGGACACCAACUUCAAACUGACCUUGAUCUCGGAAGACAUCAAAUCCUACUACACUGUGCGUCAGCUGGAGCUGGAGAAUCUGUCGACUCAGGAAACACGAGAGAUCCUUCAUUUCCACUACACCACCUGGCCCGACUUUGGAGUGCCAGAGUCUCCCGCCUCCUUCCUCAACUUCCUGUUCAAGGUGCGGGAGUCCGGGUGCCUGAACUCGGACCAGGGCCCAGUGGUGGUGCAUUGCAGCGCGGGCAUCGGCCGAUCCGGAACCUUCUGCCUCGUAGACUCCUGCCUCCUGCUGAUGUCCCUCCGGAAGGAGCCAUCGUCCGUGCAGAUCCGGGACCUCCUGCUGGAAAUGCGGCGGUACCGCAUGGGCCUGAUCCAGACCGCCGACCAGCUCCGCUUUUCCUACCUCGCCGUCAUCGAAGGGGCCAAGUGCAUUAUGGGAGACGCGUCCGUGCAGGAGUCAUGGAAGGAGCUCUCAAAUGAGGAGGACAUCCCUCCAGACUUCUUGCCACCUCCCCCGCAAAGACCUGUCAAAGACCCUCAAAACGGGACGGAGAAGCCCUCCCCGUUCUUUCCAGGAGGAGACAACCCCGAGGAGGUCAUUGAGAGGUCGCACAAUGACAUCCAUACUCACAGUUUACCCCCGGAGCCUGGGCCGCGCAGGAGGGCGGGGCCCGGCGGGGCCGCUCCCAGCGAGCCCUCUGACGGACACGCGGACCAGAGGGCUGAGGCCGCCGCCGAGCUGGCCGCGGAACAGGUGGAGAACCCCAACGCUGGGGCCUGGACACCUCUGCUGGCCAACGUGUGCCUGUGCACCACUCUGGCCCUGAGUGCCUACGUCUGUUACCGGGCCUGUUUCCACUGAUCCACCAGAUGGAUCAGACCAGAUCUCUCUCUCUCACUCUCUCUUUCUCUCUCACUCUCACUCUCUCUUUCUCUAUGUCUCUCUCUCUCUCUCUCUCUCUCUCUCUCUCUCUCUCUGUCUCUCUCUCUCUCUCUCUCUCUCUCUCUCUCUCUCGUUCCGUACCCGCGCGUGACCCCGGGGGUCGGCCGGGCCCCGUCCGUUUGACGAGGUGGGAGGGUGGGCGCGCAGCAGCUGGAAGCGAGAGAGGGGGCGCUGUCUGGUGCUCAAAUUCAUUCCUCUUUGUAAAAGGCAGACUGGGGAGAGUGGAGCUCCCCUCUGGCAUACAGUACCGCUCCCCCACAAACUGUCCCGUUUUCAGCUCAGGGCCUCGAUAUCAGGUGUCCCAACCCAACAGUAAAACCGGCAUCAUUUCUUCUGCCACCUAAGGGUAACUAAGUGUGCACGUGUGUGUGCGCGCAUGCGUGUCUAUAAGUAUGUAUACACAUACAUAUGCGUACAUGCAUACACAUGUAUUUGUGUAUACAUGCAUACAUAGCUCCAAACAUGUUUGUGUGUAUAUAUUAUAUAUGCAGUAUAUAUAUACGUGUUUGUGUGUGCAUGCAUAUGCGUCCAUACAUCUUGCCAUUUCUCACAAUUUCCACACACACACACACACACACACACACACACACACACACACACACAGUGCAUCACUCUGCUACUGUUACUGAAAAGCAUUCUUCCAUACUUCGAUGUCAGACUUUCCAAAUAUUUUCUGCUCAUAUGUUUUUUUUUUCUUUUGAAAUGUUUCCUCCUAGUCAGCAGCAUGGGGGGGGUUAGAAGGUGUAUGUUCAGCUGGACCAGUCUGAGCCUGUAGAAAGGCAAGAAAACCAAACUCAUAUAUUUUUUUGUCUCCACGCUUUUCCUGAAGCGGGGGGAAUCCUACCAGGGAAUAAGCUGGGGCCAGGGAAGGGGGGGGGGGGGGUUGUCUUGGCAGAGGCCCACCUGGGGGCGCACUAGCAAACUGAGCAAAGCGUGUCAGGGCUGUAACCGGUAUUGGAAUUCUGCUUGUUCCCUUGGGGCCGGGGUGAGGAACAUCAUCUCCCUGGGUGCAGUGCUUCAUACUUUCUGAUCACCUUUCCCUUUCUUGUUUGCUCGCCCCAAACGUUUCAUGCGUACGCGAAAAGCAUGCGGUCCGGGGCAUCCUGCAAAGGGUGGGGGGAGGCGGGGGCGGGUUUGACAGUAUUCCAGCGUGUUUAUAGAGACCCCUGCUGUUUAUUCCAGCUGGGGGAUAUUGCACAUGCACUUGGUCUUUUUUAGCAGUUCCAUCAAAUUUUCAAAAAAAAAACAAAAAAAAAUACAAAAAACAAAAACUUGAAUGAUUGUAUUUUAGUUCUAAAUUUUCAGUUGAUUAAAUGCAGUAGCUUGCCAUCCUUUUGUCUUCAAGCAAUCUUUGGUUUUCAUGCACCAGAUAGUUGUUUUUUUGUUUGUUUUUUUUACUCCGAUUCUCAAACGUUUCCUCGUCCGAAAGCGGGAGGGGACAGAAAAAGGUGUUCGGAGACGGAGACGGAGACCUCUUAUCCAUGCUGUAUCCCAGGAUAAGUUUCUCAAAAGACGCUUUACUUGCUUUGGAGCAAAGUGGAAAGGAAAGAACGGACAACGUCCUGGACGGAUGUCGCGGAGAGAACCGGGGAAGGCCGCGCGAACGCACAAUGCCGCCAGCUCAGCUCGGACUGUCCCCCCCGCGGGCCCGCGCGCCCCUGCCUUGGCCAGCAAUAGGAACGCAGCUUUGCCCUUUACACGGCCCUUCGCAGAGCCAGGCCUGUGCUGCCAGUCGGGGCAGAAGUCCGAGAGAGUGUGACCCACCAAAUAUAAGAAAUAAAGGAAGAGAUAAAAAGCGACUAAAACCAAACACCAGCGUUGGGGAGAAGCGAGGGAGUACCAGUCCACUCAGUGGGACGCUGUUGGCUUGGCUAGCGCAGCGAUUUUUUUACAAAGACAAAGAAGACCUGCAGUCACAGCAACUUUUUACAAUAAAACUAAACGGGAGGGGCUCGUUCAGUACCGUAGUUAUUCAGCUUUUAGUUUUUUUUCAAUAAAAAAUACAAA